UCCCCAGAUAUGCUUGGAGAAAUUGGUGUGAUCUUCAAUAUCCCUCAACCUUUCACAGUAAGAACAAAGAGGCUUUCCCAGGUCAUUCGGAUUAGUCAUAAUCAUUUCAAGCAACUGGUGCAGCCGCUUAGUGAAGAUGGGAAGAUUGUUAUCUCUAAUUUUCUUCAGUAUUUGAGGGGCCUAAAAAGGGAAGAGCUAGAGGAGAUACCGUUUGUAGAAGACUAUCUGGCUGACUCAAACAUUGAGGCCAUACAAUCCGCACGUGAACCACAAAAUUACGAGGGACUGAGCCAAGAAUCAAAUGGAAGAACUACAUUUUACACAUCAUCGAAUACACUUCCUGCAAGGGUGGUACUCCACGGGCAUCAUCCAGAUGACAAACAAGAAGAAGAAAAUGGGGGGAAACUUGCACAUCUACCUGAUUCGAUGAAAGACCUUCUGAUGUUAGCAGAAAGGAAGUUGGGGAAAAGAGGAACCACAGUUCUCAUGGCCGAUGGCUCCCUAGUGGAAGAUUUAAGUGCUUUAAGAGACAGUGAUCACUUAUACAUAUUUUGAGAACAGCAACCUUGGGAAAGCGCUACUACAUGAAAUUAAUAUUUUCAAUGAGUAGAGAGUAAGAAAGGAACAGGAUGAUGAACUGGAUGAUAAGCGUCAAUCCCCUGACUUGUACAUACGCAAAAACACAUGAGCUUGAAAUUUACAAGUCAUGUAAAGAUUGUGCGGAAAAGGCAAACCUUAAAGCUUCAGUCGAGAUCUAUGUUAAGCAUGUUUAGAGCAGCAAAAGCAGCUUUCCGAAA